CUUUAUGACGCUGCAACAAACUGAGCGACGCGCUCAGUACGCGAGCAACCGUGAGCCCGCUUUUAUGCACGCGUUUUUUGUCGCCUGUCGCGUGGCGACAAAAAACGCGUCGUUUUCUCAACGCAUUGUCUUGUAUGUAGCCAUUUAUGCAUCAACGACGGUGAGCCGCUCGAUGCCCGUGUCGCGGCGUUCUCAAAUUUGGUCGCCUGGAAUUUGAGAACGCGUGGCGACAGGCGUUUUGAACUCAUUCUCAGUUGGUGGG